GGAUACUACCUAUAAUAGCGGAUCCCUUUAAGACGACCCUAGCAUUAAUCAUAUAUGUGAUCAAUAGCCUGUGUGGUGUUACUCAAAAAGUGACAGAACAUACACAAUCAUUCUUAAUGCCGAUUUCGAUCUGAGCAGGGAGGAUAUCAGCUCUCGGGUAUUUGCAAGCGCUUUAAAAUGUGUGUUGAAGGGACUUGAAAAUUCGGAUCUUUUACUCUCACUAGAAACAUUAAGAGACAGCCUUUAGUAUCAAAAUUGGAACAGAGUCAUGAAGUAUUAAAAUUCACAAUUGAAGAGGAAGCAAAAAAGAACGGUAUUGUCUCUUAAUUUACAAACCAAUAAGAGUUCAUCGAAAUAUAUCCAGCUGUCGUUGGAUUUCCAUUGGUAUUGUAAUUAUUGUCAUAUACUGAUAAAGCUACCUAUUGUAGGGUCGUAAUUGUAAUACUGCAGGGAUAUGAGAAAACGUUGAAAGUGAAAAUGAGUUAUUAAUGAACCAUCACAGCGUUCCCUAUUACUAAUGGAUUCCUGAGUUUGUAUGUACUGCAAAACCUCGGACAACAAAAACGCCUGAUUUCUUUUCCAUUCCACUUUUGAGAAAUAACCGUUUAGGAGAAAAAUACGAAAAUGACACAUUUAAAUACCUCAACUUAUUUGACUAAUAUUUAUGAAGCAUUCACCAACCUCGACUUCAACGGAUCGUCAAACGAUAGUUUUCAAGCCACAGGUCCUUCCAGUACUGCUUUAUAUAUGGGCGGUAUUGUGAUGCUCGUUGCUUUGUUAUGGGGCUUGUUUGCCAAUAUACUUAUUUUAGCAGUCAUCUUUUCCAAGAGAGAUUUGAGUAACAUUAUUAAUAUUUUCAUCAUUAGUCUCUGCAUCAACGAUAUAAUAAACCUCGGAUUCAAUAACAAUCUUGUGAUGUUAUCGUAUUUUCUGGGAAGAUUUCCUACAGGUAUAUUAGGAUGUGAACUGGCAACGCACUUUACUGUUUUGUUUAUGGGGUCAUCCUUAUGGCAUACAGGGCUUAUUGCAAUACAUCGCCUGAUAGUGGUCGUAUUUAACAACUUCUACAAGAAAAUCUCAAAGAAGGCCUAUACUUGCUUCGUACUUGUAUUUGCAAGAGUUAUUCCCCUCCUAUUUCUAGCACAGCCUUCUCUUGGUCAAAUGGCGUAUUAUGAAGCAAGAUUACUGAGGUGCAUCGUUAAGAAGAACUAUGGUCCGUAUAAUCUUCUCGUCAUUGUAUUUCUUAUGAUCCUCCCAUCCAUCAUUCUUGUUGUCUGUUAUAUAGCUAUUUUUAUCAAGGUUUACCAAUCAUCAAGAGCAUUUAGAGCUUCGCGCCAAAAAGAGUGGCUAAAGCGAGAAAUCAAGAUCACCAAGAUGUUUGGAAUGGUGUUUCUUUUGAUAGUUAUUGCAUACCUGCCUUAUGGAAUAGUGAGAUCCAUCGACAAACAGUUACAAUUAAGUGCCGAUUUCUAUGUGGCGAUUACAGUUUUCUUUGCAAUAGGUAAUUGUUGUAAUCCUAUAGUUUAUGGGGCAAUGGAUAAAUCUAUUCGCCUUGAGUGCUUCAAAAUCUUUCAUCUGACUAAAGACCAAGAGAAGGAAAAUGGAAAUGGUCAUACAAUUAUUGCUCAAACCACUCAAAUGGUCGUCGAUCAAGAAGAUAAUGAAGAAAUUCCUCUUAAUACAUCAACUAAGAACACACAAACCGUGGACAACUUUAUAAAAUGAACUAAUUUGUGAGUGUAAGCGCCUGUGUAACCGUUAGUGACACUCAACCUAAAAAUAUUAUG